UUCCCCUUCCCCACUUCACAGCACCAAAUCAUAAAAAAGUGAAAACCAUUAAAAAAUAAUGCAUUUUUAGAGAGAGAAAACCAAACAAUUGAACAUGGCGCAAUUUUUCUGAUUUUUUGUGAAAUUUUCCUUCAAAAUUCCGCGCCUCUUCCUCUUCCACUUCCAUUUCCACACUUUUCGAGGUGUUCAUAUACGGAUACACCCUCCUCUGCUUCUUCGCCUACUUUCUCUCUCCUCCUUUUCCCCAAACUUUCUCUUCUUCUUCUUCAAACCCUAGGUGAAAUCAAUCUCACUUUUUUUUUUUCUUCCAGAAAACUGAGAUUAAUUUCGUCAUAAUCGUCUCAUUUUUCUCUAUAAAAGUCGACAGAAUAUUGGAAAUUUUAAGGUGGCGGAAAUGGAAGUGGUUGUUGAAGUGGGAGACAAGGUUGUGGCAGCGGAAGGGAGGAGAACCAGUGACCGGACAAGAGGGAGACGCAUUUCUUACAACGAAACGAUACUUGCGAAGAUUGAGGAAGUGAGUCCGAAGAAGAGGAAGUAUCAACGGAAUGGGGGCAAACGGAAGACAGUGAAGGUGCCGGAACAGAAAGAGAGUACUGAGAUGGAAAUGGUGAGAGGAUUGCUUGGAGUUGACGGUGAUGGGUUGACAGGAUUAGGGUUUAAGCUUGAGGAGGUGGAAGAGGAUGGAAAUGGGGUUGUUGAAAAGAGUGAUCAUUUGAGGGUUAAGGAAACUCUGCGAAUUUUCAACAAUUAUUACCUGCAUCUUAUUCAGGACGAGGAGAACAGAUGCAAGCUGAUUGAAGCUGAAAAGAAGCAGAAAGCCCAGAAAGGUGUAGAGGACAAAAGGAUACCUCACAAGCGUCCAGAUCUUAAGGCAAUUACAAAGAUGAUGAAUACUGGUAAAGUGCUGUAUCCCAGCAAGCGGUUUGGGGCCAUUCCUGGUGUUGAUGUGGGCCACCAAUUCUUUUCACGGGCGGAAAUGGUUGCAGUAGGCUUCCAUAGCCACUGGCUGAAUGGAAUUGAUUAUAUGGGCACGUCAUAUAGCACUGGGGAGUACAGCGAGUAUACCUUUCCUCUUGCUGUUGCUAUUGUCCUUUCAGGCCAAUAUGAGGAUGAUUUGGACAAUUCAGAGGAUGUUGUCUACACAGGUCAAGGUGGAAACAACCUAUUAGGUGAUAAGAAGCAGAAUAAAGAUCAGAAAAUGUUACGUGGCAAUUUAGCACUAAAGAAUAGUAUGGAGCAGGAUUUGCCUGUGAGAGUCGUCCGUGGUCAUUCUUCUAAAAGCAGUUAUGUCGGGAAAGUCUACACGUAUGAUGGUUUGUAUAAGGUUGUGAAUUACUGGGCCGAGAAAGGCAUAUCUGGUUUUACUGUUUACAAAUUUCGCUUGAAGCGGCUUGAGGGGCAGCCAGAGUUGACUACCAACCAGGUUCAAUUUAUCCGAGGACGUAUUCCUGAUUCUGUCUCUGAAGUUCGAGGGUUGGUUUGUGCGGAUAUUUCUGAGGGUCAGGAGAAUAUUCCUAUUCCUGCAACAAAUUUGGUCGAUGAUCCUCCUGUACCACCUACUGGUUUCAAGUACCGCAAGUCAAUCCAAGUUGUGGACAAUGUGAAAAUUCCUGCUGCUUCUAGUGGAUGUGAUUGUGUUGGUGGCUGCACCAACCCCAAUAUCUGUGCUUGUGCCCGGCUUAAUGGGUCAGACUUCCCCUAUGUUCAUAGAGACGGUGGCAGGCUCAUUGAAGCAAAGGCUGUGGUUUUUGAGUGUGGCCCGAAGUGUGGUUGUGGAUCAUCCUGUAUCAAUCGUACCUCCCAGAAGGGCCUGAGAUACCGUUUUGAGGUUUUCCGUACACCAAAGAAGGGUUGGGGUGUCAGGUCAUGGGAUUAUAUCCCAGCUGGUGCACCAAUAUGUGAAUAUACGGGAUUUCUGAAAAGAUCAGACGAGGGUGACAGUGUCUUGGAAAACAAUUUCAUUUUCGACAUAGAUUGCCUUCAAACAAUGAAGGGACUUGAUGGAAGACAGAUGAGAUUGCGAGAUGUGUCUAUUCCUUCAGAUGGUAUCCAUGAGAAGCCCGAGGAGAAGGUGGUUGAUAGUAUGGUGGAGUAUUGCAUCGAUGCUGGUGUCACAGGAAAUCUAGCAAGAUUUAUCAAUCAUAGCUGUGAACCAAAUCUGUUUGUGCAGUGUGUUUUGAGUGCACAUCAUGAUAUUAAACUCGCAAGAGUAAUGCUUUUUGCUGCUGAUAACAUACCACCUUUACAGGAACUUACAUAUGACUAUGGCUAUGCGCUUGACAGUGUUAUUGGACCUGAUGGGAAGGUAAAGGAGAUGGCUUGCUAUUGUGGUGCUGAGGGUUGUCGUAAGCGACUAUUUUGAGCUGGUACUUGGCUUCAGCAACCAGAUUUUUGUCAGUCUCUAUAACUGUUGGGCUCCCACAUUGUUGAUAAUGUGAAUUGUGAUAGAAUGUUGUAUAGAUGUCUAACGGUUAGGAGUAUUCUUUUUGUUUAUGGUAAGACUUUUGAGGUAGCAAAUCCAGCCCUGAGUUUUUAGAUAUAGAUAUGCAAUUACAGUGAGGUUGUGGAGCUCGGAUAUAGAUGAGUAUAGGGGGCAGUUUUUGUAUGAUACACUAUAUUAAAACUUAUAUAUUUGGAAGUUUAAUGUGAAAUGUUGCUCAGAAUGUAUAAUCCUUCACUACUAGUGGAUUUUGUAAUUUAUCUACAACCACUGACAAUGAAAUUAUAUUUUGAAGAGUUCCA